AUGGCGAGACCUUCUGGUCUCCAACCAGAAUCUAUCUCGUCCUCCGUUGAAAAGCCGAAGGAGUGCCGUCGUCUGGACUGGUUGCUUUUGAAGGAGGUGGGAACCAACCUGUCAAACGUUCGUGAUUCGAAAGAGCUCGUGCAAGUCAUACUCGAUGCAGAGGAUGCUCACGAAAGUGUGUGUGAUGUGCAUAUACUGCACAGAGACGUGUCAUCGAACAGUAUCCUCAUCACCUUGGAUGCAUCCAAGGAGCGACGUCGUGGGCUUUUGAUCGAUUGGGAGAUGGCCAAAGACAUGCAUGAUGAAGGCCUAAUGGAACGGCCAUCGAUCACAGGGACAUUGAUGUUCAUGGCGAUUGCACUCAAUAAUCGGCCACUGCAUCAGCCUUGGCACGACCUAGAAUCGAUGUUCUGGGUUCUUUUUUACUUCACCCUUCGCCAUGUCUAUGGCGUUGUCUUCGAUGGGGAGUUAUUGAGUGGCGAGCGUCGAAAAAGUGUUCUCGAAUCUUUCUUCAACUAUGAUUACCUCCGAUCUCUCAGUCUACCCAAGAAGGAUCUGCUCCAGGCGACCACGACAGUCCUAAAUUGCCAUCUCUUCAGCGGACUAUUGCAAGGAAUUAGGGAGCGACUGCAGUCAGCAUACGCCUGGUUCGACAUGCUAAGCUCCCUCGAAAAGAACUUCAAAUCAUGCGGAGCCAACUUUCGAGCGAGUAAUAACCAAUAUCAGGACUUGGAGAAGGAUGUGGAGAAUGCUCACCUGGUCGCUGGCCGCUCGAUAGACUUGGAAGCCAUCGUUGACUGGCGAGAGGCAGAAAUUAUGCGGCUCAAAACAGACCCACGCGUCGCCACGGAUGUCGCUUAUUUGGGGCGGCAAUUAGCUCGCGCUAGAUUGAAUAUAACCGAUGCUCAACUCUUGGAUCACGACUUCUUUCGGUUACAUCUGAAGGCAGCCCUCGAUGCCGGAGAAGAAACUCGCUGUAUUCCGCCGCACAGUCCGGAUCCCGAGCUAGAUGACGUCGAACAGAGCCACCUGGCUUGA